UUGUGUCUGGUUCUUUUCUCUGAUACAUGCGCUGCACCGCUUGUGAUUACUACCUGAACGGUAUCCGAAUUUGAGAUUCGAAUUUCGGUGUUCCUGUUUCAUUGACCAUCCUUCACCCAAGUUUAUCUUCUAGAAAGACGCUACCAAAUAUUGGAAUUGGAACCCAAUCACAACAACAACAACAACAACAACAAGAGAAGAGAAAAACGCUCCUCGAAUCAAAUUAUCUGAACCCUGAGAAUCUCCCUUGCAAGAAGGGAGGUUUUUCAGCAGUUCCUUGAAAGAAGAUGGAAGUUUGCAGGCCUCUAAAAUCUGAUUUACUAAAGCAUCGCCCUUUGACCCCUUUUAGGUUGUUAAGGGGUCUGAUAUGUUUAGUGGUGUUUCUUUCUACUGCUUUUAUGUGUUUAGUCUAUUUGUCGCCAGUGGCUGUUAUAGUAUUGCGGCUUUUCAGCUUACGUUGUAGUAGGAAAGCAGUGUCAUUCUUCUUUGGACUUUGGCUUGCUAUGUGGCCCUCUCUAUUCGAAAAGAUAAACAAAACUAAAGUUUUCUUUUCUGGGGAUAAUAUUCCAGUGAAGGAACGUGUUUUACUUAUUGCUAAUCACAGAACUGAGGUUGAUUGGAUGUACUUGUGGAACCUUGCACUUCGAAAGGGAAGACUGGGAUGCAUAAAAUACAUCCUAAAGAGCAGCUUGAUGAAGCUACCUAUUUUUGGUUGGGGAUUUCACAUUCUGGAGUUCAUUGCAGUGGAGAGGAAGUGGGAGAUAGAUGAACAAAUAUUGCACCAAAAGCUUUCAACAUUCAAGGAUCCUCAAGAUCCAUUAUGGCUUGCUAUUUUUCCUGAAGGAACCGAUUAUAGUGAACAGAAGAGUAAAAGUAGUCAAAAAUUUGCUGCUGAAGUUGGGCUCCCUGUGCUAACAAAUGUAUUACAUCCAAAAACAAAAGGUUUUCAUGCUUGCUUGGAAGCUCUUCGAGGCUCAUUGGAUGCAGUAUAUGAUGUGACAAUUGCAUACAAGAAUGUGUGUCCUUCCUUUCUGGACAAUGUUUUUGGUGUUGAUCCUUCAGAAGUGCACAUGCAUGUUCGCCGUAUUCCUGUAGAGGAGAUUCCAGCUUCCGAAGCUAAAGCUGCUUCUUGGCUAGUGAAUACAUUCCAGAUCAAGGACCAAUUGCUUUCUGAUUUCAAGGUUCAAGGCCAUUUCCCUAACCAAGUAAAUGAAAAGGAAAUUUCUACAUUCAAGAGCCUGCUUUCUUUUACCGUGGUAGUUUCUUUUACUGUCAUGUUUACUUAUUUUACGUUUUUUUCUCUCGUUUGGUUCAAGUUGUAUGUAGGCCUAUCUUGUGCAUAUCUUGCUAUUGCAACGCGUUUCGAUUUCCAAAUUAUGCCUUUAUCAUACUAUUUUCAUGCACUCUAUGACCGCAAGAAAAAAAAGAGUGAAUAAUGUUCUCCAUUUCAAAGAUCA